AAAUGCAAAUGAGCAGGUUAACAACCCCAGUGUUGCAAUGUUCUAGCCUUAAAUAUAUUUGGAUAACCCAGCAGAGCCAUUUUGCCUUUGGGAACAGGGCAGCUAGCCUAUGGCAGCAGGAAUCCAACAAGGUCCCUGAGUGCUGAGGCAGAGAGGAGGAGAAAAGAAACAAGAGGCUGGAGAUUGCCAAAUUCAGCAUCCCGCUUGGCUCCUGAUUAUUGGUGAAACCAUCUCUUAGCUCCUAGAGGGAGAGUGUUAGAUCAUGAAACUAAUUACCAUCCUUUUCCUCUGCUCCAGGCUGCUACUAGGUUUAACCCAGGAAUUACAGUCUGAGGAAAUUGACUGCAAUGACAAGGAUUUAUUUGAGGCUGUGGAUGCUGCUCUGAAGAAAUAUAACAAUCAAAACCUAACUACCAACCAGUUUGUAUUGUACCGCAUAACUGAAGGCACUAAGAUGGUUGGCUCUGACACAUUUUAUUCCUUCAAGUACGAAAUCAAGGAGGGGGACUGUCCUCGUCAAAAUGGCAAAAACUGGCAGGACUGUGACUACAAGGAUGCCGCGGAAGCGGCCACUGGAAAAUGCACAGCAACUGUGGGGAAGAGGGGGAAUACAAAAUUCUCCGUGGCUAUCCAGUCCUGCCAGAUUACUCCAGCCGAUGGCCCUGUGAUGACAGACCAGUAUUACUGCCUUGGCUGUGUGCAUCCUGUAUCAACAAAGAGCCCAGACCUGGAGCCCAUUCUGAGACACGGUGUUGAGUACUUUAACAACAACACGAAUCAUUCCUCCCUCUUCAUGCUUAGUGAAGUAAAACGGGCCCAAAGACAGGUGGUGUCUGGAUGGAACUUUCUAAUUACCUACUCGAUUGUGCAAACGAAUUGUUCCAAAGAGAAUUUUCUGUUCUUAACUCCAGACUGCAAGUCCCUUUCGAAUGGUGAUACCGGUGAAUGUACAGAUGACGCAUACAUGGAUACUCAGCUACGAGUUACUUCCUUCUCACAGAAAUGUGACAUUUAUCCAGGGGAGGAUUUUGUACAACCACCUACCAAGAUUUGUCUUGGCUGCCCCAGAGAUAUACCCACCAACAGCCCAGAGCUGGAGGAGACACUGACUCACACCAUCACAAAGCUUAAUGCAGAGAACAAUGAAACUUUCUAUUUCAAGAUUGACAAUGUGAAAAGAGCAAGAGUACAGGUGGUGGCUGGCAAGAAAUACUUUAUUGACUUCGUGGCCAGGGAAACCACAUGUUCCAAGGAAAGUAAUGAAGAGUUGACCAAAAGCUGUGAGACCAAAAAACUUGGCCAAAGCCUAGAUUGCACCGCUGAAGUUUAUGUGGUACCUUGGGAGAAAAAAAUUUACCCUACUGUCAAGUGUGAACCACUGGGAAUGACCUCACUGAUGAAAAGGCCUCCAGGUUUUUCACCUUUCCGUACAUCACAAGCAGGGGAAAUAAGAGAAGAAACAACUGUAAGUCCACCCCACAGUUCCAUGGCACCUGUACAAGACGAAGAGUGGGAUUCAGGAAAAGAACAAGGGCAUACUCGUAGACAUGACUGGGGUCAUGAAAAGCAAAGAAAACAUGGUCUUGGCCAUGGCCAUAAACAUGAACGUGACCAUGGGCAUGGGCACCAAAGGGGACAUGGCCUUGGCUGGGGGCACCAACAACAACAUGGUCUUGGUCUUGAACAUAAGUUCAAACUUGAUGAUCUUGAACACCAACGGGGCCAUGGCCUUGACCAUGGACAUAAGUAUAAGCAUGGUCAUGGCCACGGAAAACAUAAAAAUAAAGGCAAAAAGAAUGGAAAGCACAAUGGUUGGAAAACAGAGCAUUUGGCAAGCUCUUCUGAAGAUAGUACUACAUCUUCUGCACACACCCAAGAGAAGACAGAAGGGCCAACAGGCAUCCCUUCCCUAACCCAGCCAGGUGUAGCAGUUAUACCUGACUUUCAGGACUUUCAGGACUCUGAUCUCAUUGCAACUAUGAUGCCUAAAAUACCACCAGCUCCCACAGAGAGCGAUGAUGAUUGGAUCCCUGAUAUCCAGAUACAACCAAAGGGCCUUUCAUUUAACCAGAUAUCAGAUUUUCCAGAUACAACCUCCCCCAAAUGUCCUGGACGCCCCUGGAAGUCAGUUAGUGAAAUUAAUCCAACCACAAAAAUGAAAGAAUCAUAUGCUUUUGAUCUCUCUGAUGCUCUUUAUUAAUUUAUGCAGCCAUGGGUAUUUCUUUAAUACUUUUAUUAAGGUAUCAAUAUCCCUCUCUCCAUUGUCCAAAUGCAAAUAUACUGAUAUAACGCACCAAAAACUGUGCAGCUUCAGAACAGCCUAAAGAGAAGUGGUAGAUUCCCAGUGGAGACACCAUCAAUCUCCACGGACUGCAUAAAAUUGUGUGCCACAAUUCUAAAUCUUUUCAGAAUCUUCUUCACAAGUUUUCUAAAUUAGCACAGAAAAUGGACAAACUAAUGUGCCUUAUGGCCUGCUGCAGUUGGCUUCUGUGAUAACAAAUGUGUACCUUACAAAGUAUGUCAUAAAUUUUCACACAAAGAUUCUUGACAUUCUGAACGAACUGUGGCACCUGCUCUUUGAAUGUGUGUGAAAAUAAGGGAAGUCAAGAGAUUAAAUGCUGAACUUAUUAAUGGAGUAGAAAUUAAAAAAAAAAAAAAAAAAAAACUUCCAGAUGUCAAAGAGAA